AUGUCCGGAAUAUUGUAUAUUCUAUUUCCUUGCGUCGCUUACGCUUGCGUAGCUACGCAAAGUUCCACCGCAACUCCAUCACUGCGGAAUUGUCCGAGUUGCGAUGUAUCUACACUUUCGGGUUCCACGUUUACACCAACCACUUCGGAUACACCGGGAACCGCCUAUUUUUUGAGAGGUGUUGAUCCGACGAAUUGGUGGGUUCUUGUAGAGAUUGGGUGACAGAUUUGGGGCCCAAUUUAUUUUCAUUCAAAAAUUUUAAAAGCCAUAUUUUCUAGUUUUUCGCGAAAUCUGGAAAUUCUCGAAUCUAGAUUUUCUGGGUUUUUUCCUGCUGAAUUUUAACAUUUUGUAUCAGUUUUCCAGGUUACUGUGAAAAAAACCCUGUAUUUGUCAUACAAAUUUACCUUGAAAGUUUCUAGACCCAACAUUUUGAAAUAUUAACUAGAAAUUCUCAAGCUUCUUGCUUCCAGUACAGAAAUCUAGUUUAAAAUACCAAAACCCAACUCACUACAUUCCAAAACAAUAAUUUGUCCAGGUGCGAUACGGCUCAAGUGAAUUGUCUCUCAGCAGAUGGUGCAACUGUCACAGUUCGAAUUGAUAUUGUCAUCGAUGGAACAUCCACACAAAUUUCCAGCGGAUGUUCCGAAGUUCAUUCGAUUGCCAAUCUUCUGCAAUGCAAUUCGAAUAAUCAAUGGACUUAUAAGUCAGUUUUUUGCGUGAAAAUUUUACAUUAAAAUUAUUGAUUUUUCAGCGAUCGAACUGAUUUCACCGUUCAAUGUCACUCGCUGACAACUUCAACUUGCUAG